AUGGUUGGUCAAUUUUUGGAAAAUAUUGCAAAUCUUGCAGUGAGAAUGAAUGGAGAAAUUGGAUUUAAUUUACAGGUUUUGGAUUCGAUGAAAGAAUUGAAAAAACUCAAUUUAGAAUACAAUAAUAUUGAUCCAAAUGGAAUUAAGUAUUUAGGUUCACUGAAACAAUUGACUGAUCUCAAUGUAUCUUGCUGUUACAUUGGAUUGAAUUUGAGUCAUUUAAUAUUAUUGAAAGCAUUAACUCAUCUUAAUAUAACUAGUAAUAAUAUUCGUGCAGAAGGAGCCAAAUACAUUGGUGAAAUGAAGCAAUUGACUAAACUUUCUAUUGGCUCCAAUGAUAUUGGCCCUGAAGGAGCCAAGUAUAUUAGUGGUCUUGAACAAUUAACUUAUCUUAAUAUCCGUUCAAAUGAUAUUAAAAAAGAUGGAGCAAAGCACAUUAGUGAAAUGAAACAGUUGACUUACCUUAAUGUUGUUGGAAACCAUAUUUGUGAUGGUGGAGCUAGAUUUAUAAGUGAAAUGAAACAAUUAUCUAAUCUUAGUGUUGGAUACAAUGAUAUUGGUGAGGAGGGAGCCAAGUAUAUCAGUGAAUUGAUGAAUGUAAGCAUACUUGAUAUUGGUGGCAAUUCUAUUAAUGAGAAGGGAGCCAAGUUUAUUGGUGAAAUGAAACAAUUAACGGAUCUUAGAAUUUAUUGUUGCAACAUUGGAGUAGAAGGAACACAAUACAUUUCAUCACUGAAUCAAUUAACUCAUCUUUCUAUAAGUACAAAUAAUAUUGGGGAUGAGGGAGCCAAGUACAUUGGUCAAAUGAAACAAUUAACAGAUCUUAGCAUACGUGAAAAUAAGAUUGGAAUUGAAGGAGCAAAAUCUAUUGGUCAAUUGAAAAAUUUACUUAACCUUUACAUUUCUGGCAAUGAAAUUGGAGAUAAUGGAGCCCAAUUUAUUAGUGAAAUGAAUCAAUUGACUAUACUUGAUAUUUCUAGUAUUAAUAUUACACCAAUAGGCAUAAAAUAUAUCAGCAACAUGGAGUAUUUAACUGACCUAAGGAUUAUUGAUAAUAAUAUUGAUUCGAUGGGUGCAAAAUAUCAGUCAAAUGAAGCAAUUAACAAGUCUUGA